UUUGAAAUUAGAAUAUAAAUACAUAAAAUGUGUGCAGCAUGAAGGCAACAACAGUUGAUUGCAGCAAGUGAAAAGCUUUGCAUUAAUUUAACAUUUCCAUUUUUCCUGACAGUUGCAAAGGAGAACUCUACACAUAAUGGGUUGCAAAGGAUGCGAAACUAAUUGCCAGUGCUCGGCACAAAAGUGUGGUAGCAAUUGUGCUUGCCACAAGGAUUGCAAGUGUGUGUGCAAGAACGGACCCAAGGAGCAAUGUUGCAGCACCAAAUAGUCAGAAAAUGACAGAUUCUGACGUCCUUGAUGGAUAAAGAUGUCUUAAAAACUUUUUUAUUCACAAAAAAAAUAUAUAUAAAAUAUGAUUGUAAUAUUUGUAUUUGAUCAAUAUACAAACAGCAAUUGAAAAUA